AUGGCUUAAAUUUUAAAUGAUACCAAAAGCUUCACCCAUUUUACAGAAAUUAACAAAAAUGAGUACUCCUUUAAAAUCCUUGAAAAUAGUAAAAUAUAUAACAUAUACCUAGAUAUGCUGUAUCAAGGAUAAUUAUCCGAUAAUACGCUGUAGAAUGGAUAUGGAAAAGCAAUUUUUCCUAAUGGCGAUAUAUAUGAAGGAAAUUGGAACAAUAAUUAGAUAGAUGGCUAUGGAAAGUACACAACUAUUGAUGACUAAAUCUACGAAGGAUUUUGGGAAUAAAAUUAGUUUAAGGUAACAGGGAUGAAAAUUACUCUUCCCACAUUUGACUAAUAAAUGAUGACAUCAAAGAUUGAACAAGAAAUAUAUAUAAAAUACAAAGAAACAGGUACAAUCAAUUUUGAUGAUGGUUCCUCAUAUAGAGGUGAAUUAUUAGACAAUGUGUAAGAGGGUUGGGGGGUUUGGGUUGAUUAAAACGGCCAAAAGUAUGAAGGACAAUGGAAGAAUGGGAAGUAAAAUGGAUAUGGUAUCAAGUAUUUUUUUAAUGGGGAUGUCUAUAUUGGACAUUGGAAGAACGAUGAAGCAACUGGUUAUGGAGAGUAUUAAUACUUUGACGGAUCAUUUUAUAAGGGGUAUUGGCUAAAUAGUUUUAAACAUUAUUUUGGGAUAGAGAAAUGGAAAGAGGUAGCUGAAUACAUUGGAGAAUAUAAAAACGGAUUAAAGGAUGGGAAAGGAAUGUUGAAAUUUAUUGAUGGUUCAUAUUAUGAAGGACAAUUUGUUAACGAUAAAAUUCAAGGUUAUGGAGAGUAUCGAUGGGCUGAUGGUCGUACAUAUAUUGGAGGAUUGUAGAAUAACAAAUUGUAAGGAAAUGGAAAAACUACUUGGUUUGAUGGGAGAACUUAUGAAGGGUCAUAUUAAUAAGAUUUGAAAUAAGGGUUUGGGCUUUUUUGUUGGCAAGAUGGUAGCAAAUUUAUCGGAAAUUGGAUGUUUGGAAAAUAACAUGGUGUUGGAAUUAUGAGGGGGUAGAAUGCAGAAUAUUAAUUUGGAGAAUGGUUUGAAGGAAAGAGGAGAAGAUGGUUAAAUUAAAUAUAGGAUUCAGAUUUAAUAGAAGCAUUUAAAUUCAAUCAUUAACUAAUUUAUAGUGAAAAUGUUAAAUAGAUUUCGAAAGAUAUAACAGAGGAAUCCCCUUUGAAAGCAUGUGAUAGCGCAUUUUCUUUACCAUUAAAUAGCGAUAAAUAGCUUGUUAGUAGAUUUAAUCUAACUUUAAUUUAAAAGAAUGGUUAAAUUUAUGUUGGAGAAACAUAAAGAGAAGAAAGAUCUGGAAAAGGUAAAUUAUUUGCUUCAGAUGGAUCUAUUUAUGAUGGGUAUUGGUAGAAUGGCGAGAGACAUGGAUAUGGUAAACAAGUCUAUGUAAAUGGGGACAUUUAUGAAGGACAUUGGAUUUGUGAUAAACAAAAUGGAAUAGGGCGAAUGAUUUAUUCAGAUGGAAGCAUUCUAGAAGGGUUUUGGAGCGGUUUAAAUUUGGAUGGAUAUGGAAAAUAAAUACUGUCUAAUGGAAGUUACUAUGAAGGGUAUUUUUAAAAUUGCUUAAGACAUGGAAAAGGAAAAUUACUAUUUUAGGAUGGCUCAUAUUAUGAAGGUUAAUUUGAAUCAGAUGAAAUUAUUGGUAAAGGGACAUACACUUGGAAUGAUGGUACUUAGUAUAUAGGAUAUAUGAGAAAUGGAUAGAAACAUGGACAAGGCACAUUUAUUAAUUGUGAUGGAGAUUGUCAUAUUGGAGAAUUUUACAAAGACUAUUGCCAUGGACAAGGGACUUUCAAGUAUAGUGAUGGCAAAAUCUAUGUUGGAUCUUGGUUUCAUGGUAUGAAACAUGGAUUUGGUCUGCUGAAAUAUCCAAAUGGACAAUCCUAGAAAUUGUAGUAUUUUUUGGGGGAAUUAAAAAACUGA